GACCUACUUUUUUUUUAUUCUUUUAGCCUUUUUAUGUUUUUUGAGAUUUUUCCUGGGUAUUAGCAAGUGGUACAAAAAGCAAGAGGAAAGCCCCCAUCUGUAUCACAACUUUAUGAAGUACCAAAAACAACCCAUGAUCACUUAUUUCCUAUUCUGUAAACUAAUCAGGUGAAAUCCUAGCCCCUUUAUUCUCACAAUAAUUGCAAGAUUUGCAAUCCAAGUUCUUUUGCUUCCACGCAGCAUUGCUUUUGCCCAUUGCAAAUUUCUCAUUGAUGUCUUCUGUAGGAGUUUGGGUCGUGUCAUAGUCCCGGUGUAGCUGAUGAUCUUUAUAGUUUGGCACAGAGCUUUUUUCCCAAAAAAUGAAAAUUUGUUGUCUUCCCUUCGGUAUUUUCUUCAUUGUUCUUCUUUCAGUUCGAGUUUGCACUGCACAACUAGUACCAACAGAAACUAGAAUCCUAUUCCAAGUUCAACAGCUUCUUGAAUAUCCACCAGUUCUUCAAAAAUGGAGUAACUGGACAAGCUUUUGUUAUUUGCCUCAAACCCCUUCUCUUGCUAUAAUCUGUUCAGACAAUCACAUAACUGAAUUAACAAUAGUUGGAAACAAAACCUUUUCUUCUGAGAUUCCUAGGUUGUCACCUGGAAAAUUCGCAGUUUCUCAGCAAACUUUGUCUGAAAAUUUUUCCCUGGAUUCAUUCUUCACUGUCCUAACUAAGCUUUCAAAUUUGAAGAAAUUAUCGCUUGUUUCAUUAGGAUUAUGGGGGCCAUUACCGGCUAAGAUUAACCGGUUUCGAUCUAUUGAAGUUCUUAAUAUCAGUUCAAAUUUCAUUUUUGGUACCCUGCCUCCAUCAAUAGCCACUUUCAAGAAUCUAAGAAGCCUUUUCUUGAAGAAUAAUUUGCUCAAUGGAAGUCUUCCUGGUUUGAAAGGCCUACAGGUCCUUGAAGAACUCGAUUUGAGUAACAAUCUACUCGGGCCCGAAUUUCCAUCCUUAGGCAACAAUCUAAUACGUGUCUCGUUUGGAAAUAAUUCUUUGAGAUCUGAAAUUCCUUCGGAAUUGAAGAAGCUUAAUCGACUUCAAGUACUCGAUGUUUCUUCCAAUAAGCUCGUUGGACCAAUCCCUUCGUUCUUGUUUUCUCUGCCAUCAAUUCAGUUCAUCAACCUUUCGAAAAAUCAGUUAAGUGGUGCACUUUCAGGCAAUGUAUCUUGCAAUGGGAAUCUUACUUUCGUGGAUAUUUCUAACAACCUUUUGAUAGGGAAAUUGCCUUCUUGCCUUGCAUUGAACUCGAGAAAUCGAACGGUCAGUAUCGCAUGGAAUUGUCUGUCGAAUUCAACCUCGAAAUAUCAGCGUCCCUAUAAGUUUUGCCACAAGGAAGCAUUAGCCGUUGAGCCACCUGCAAGAAACCAGAAGGAGAAAUCCACCCUAAAACUUGGCCUUGUUCUUGGUAUUAUUGGUGGAAUUGUCGCAAUCUUAGGCCUUAUAGGGUUCUUAAUCCUUGCCAUCUUCAGAAGAGUGCACAGAAAUGGUACUGAUUAUAAAUCUGAUAGUUUUGUAAUUGAGAAGAACGUCGGCGGCGGCUCCCCACUGGUAAAUGGAAGGUAUGUGCCAAGGCCAAUGAGGUUGUCAUCAAUGGGACUUCCACCAUACCAUGUUUUUACACUGGAGGAAAUGGAAGAUGCAACAAACAACUUUGACACAUCUAAUCUGGUGGGAGAAGGAUCCGAGGGCCAGCUCUAUAAAGGUUGGCUUAGAGAUGGAUCAGUGGUCCUAGUGAAGUGCCUGAAGCUCAAACAGAGGCAUUCACCUCAAGUUCUGCAGCAGCACAUGGAAGUCAUAUCGAAGCUGAGGCAUCGGCAUUUGGUUAGCGUUCUCGGACACUGCAUAACCACGUACCACGACCAUCCUAACACGGCUAGCACGGUCUUUAUUGUCCUCGAAAACGUCACCAACGGGUCACUGAGAGAUUAUCUUACUGAUUGGAGAAAGAGGGAAGUUCUGAAAUGGCCACAGAGAAUGGGGAUUGCGAUGGGCGUCGCAAGGGGAAUCCAAUACCUUCAUACCGGAGGAGUCCUCGGAAACGACCUCAAAAUCGAGAUGAUCCUGUUGGACGAAAGUCUGACUGCAAAAAUUAGCAGCUAUAACAUAUCUUUGCCGUCCAAGGUAAUAUCACAUAGAAUCACGGGUUAGAACUUGCAAAACACCAAGCAUAUUUUGGCAUGCAGACUAGACAUAUUCGUAUAACUAGGCUUGAGCAAAAAAAUCAAAAAAUCGACCAAACCAAUCAAAUCGAACCGAUUCGGGUCAAUUCGGAUUAGUUUGAUAUGGAUAAUUGGUUUGAUUUGAUUUUUUUUUUUU